CCCGAGGGCGGGCCGCAGCGCCGCCAGCCGCCGGGGCUCAGCGGCGGCCCUGAGAUGGCGGCUGCGGGGCAGCGGCAGCAGGAGCAGCGGCGGCGGCUCGAGGCGCCGGGGGGGCUGUGCCGCUCCUAAUCGGCGUCCGGCCCCCGUGCCAUGGCGACGAGCCGCGGCGGGCGGCUGGCCUGAGGCGGCGACAGCGGAGGGCGCGGUGACAGCCCAGCGGGGGGCCCCGCCGCGGGGGCCGCGACCCGCGCCGCCGGGGAUGUGGCGGUGGGUCCGGCAGCAGCUGGGUUUUGACCCACCGCAUCAAAGCGAUACACGAACUAUUUAUAUAGCAAAUCGUUUUCCCCAGCAUGGCCAUUAUGUUCCUCAGAAAUUUGCAGACAACAGAAUCAUAUCAUCCAAGUAUACAGUGUGGAAUUUUGUUCCAAAGAACUUAUUUGAGCAGUUCAGAAGAGUAGCCAACUUUUAUUUUCUGAUCAUAUUUUUGGUUCAGCUCAUGAUAGAUACCCCUACCAGUCCUAUUACCAGUGGAUUGCCAUUAUUCUUUGUCAUAACUGUGACAGCCAUAAAACAGGGUUAUGAAGACUGGCUACGGCAUAAAGCAGAUAAUGAAGUAAACGGUGCUCCAGUUUAUGUUGUUCGAAGUGGUGGACUUGUAAAAACUAGAUCUAAAAACAUUCGGGUGGGGGACAUAGUGAGAGUAGCCAAAGAUGAGACUUUUCCUGUUGAUCUGGUGCUUCUAUCUUCUGAUCGAGUGGACGGUUCAUGCCAUGUUACUACAGCAAGUUUGGAUGGCGAGACGAAUCUUAAGACACAUGUUGCAGUCCCAGAAACAGCAGUGUUACAGUCUGUUGCCAACCUGGACAAACUUGUAGCUGUUAUAGAAUGUCAGCAGCCAGAAGCAGAUCUAUACAGAUUUGUUGGAAGAAUAACUAUAAGUCAACAAAUUGAGGAAAUAGUACGACCUCUUGGGCCUGAAAGUCUCUUACUUCGUGGAGCAAGAUUAAAAAACACUAAAGAAAUAUUUGGUGUUGCAGUGUAUACAGGUAUGGAGACAAAGAUGGCAUUAAAUUACAAGAGUAAAUCUCAGAAACGGUCAGCAGUAGAAAAGUCUAUGAAUUCAUUUUUGAUUAUUUAUCUAAUAAUCCUCCUCUUUGAAGCCAUUCUGAGCACUAUUCUAAAGUAUGCAUGGCAAGCUGAAGAAAAAUGGGAUGAGCCUUGGUAUAAUGGAAAAACAGAGCAUGAAAGGAACAGCAGUAAGAUUCUGAGAUUUAUUUCAGAUUUCCUUGCUUUUCUGGUACUUUACAAUUUCAUUAUACCUAUUUCACUUUAUGUGACUGUUGAGAUGCAGAAGUUUCUUGGAUCUUUUUUUAUUGGCUGGGAUCUUGACCUCUAUCAUGAAGAAACAAACCAGAGAGCACAAGUAAAUACAUCAGACCUCAACGAGGAAUUAGGACAGGUAGAGUAUGUGUUUACAGACAAAACCGGUACAUUAACUGAAAAUGAGAUGCAGUUUCGGGAGUGCUCCAUUAAUGGCAUAAAGUACCAGGAGGUCAAUGGUAAACUAACACCAGAGGGGUUUUCUGAAGAUUCUCCAGAUGGAAACAGACAUAGUUUGAUGAAAGAGGAAGAACUCUUCUUGAAAGCAGUUUGUCUUUGUCAUACAGUACAGAUCAAUGCAGAUCAAACAGAUGGUGCUGAUGGUCCCUGGCAUGCCAAUGGAAUAGCAUCCCCUUUGGAGUAUUAUGCUUCUUCACCAGAUGAGAAAGCUUUAGUUGAAGCAGCAAGCCGGGUUGGAGUAGUAUUUACUGGAACUAGUGGGGACAGCAUGGAAGUAAAAAGCCUUGGAAAACCAGAAAGGUAUAAGUUGCUUCAUGUUUUGGAGUUUGAUCCAAAUCGCAGACGAAUGAGUGUCAUUGUAGAGAGUCCCUCAGGAGAAAAGCUUUUAUUCACAAAGGGAGCAGAAUCUUCUAUUCUUCCUCGUAGUAAGAGUGGAGAAAUAGACAAAACAAGGGUACACGUGGAUGAAUUUGCUUUGAAAGGACUAAGAACUCUGUGUGUAGCCUAUAGAAGAUUCACACCGGAAGAAUACCAGGAAAUUGGCAAACGCCUUCAUGAAGCCAGGACUGCUUUACAACAACGGGAAGAAAGAUUAGCAGAUGUAUUCAACUUCAUAGAAAGGGAUCUGGAAUUACUUGGAGCUACGGGAGUAGAAGACAAACUGCAGGAGAAAGUCCAAGAAACUAUAGAAGCACUCAGAUUGGCUGGUAUCAAAGUGUGGGUUCUCACUGGAGAUAAGCACGAAACAGCUGUUAGUGUCAGUUUAUCAUGUGGACACUUUCAUAGAACCAUGAACAUCCUUGAACUUGUGCAGCACAAAUCAGACAGUACAUGCGCAGAGCAACUGAGGCAGCUAGCCAAGAGAAUAAAGGAAGACCAUGUUAUCCAGCAUGGACUAGUUGUGGAUGGGACCAGCCUCUCUCUUGCACUCAGGGAACAUGAAAAACUGUUCAUGGAAGUUUGUAAAAACUGUUCUGCAGUGUUGUGCUGUCGCAUGGCACCCCUUCAGAAAGCAAAGGUAGUGCGACUAUUAAAAACAUCUCCAGAAAAACCUAUAACAUUAGCAAUUGGUGAUGGUGCUAAUGAUGUGAGCAUGAUACAAGAAGCACACGUUGGCAUAGGAAUCAUGGGCAAGGAAGGAAGACAAGCUGUCAGAAAUAGUGACUAUGCAAUAGCACGGUUUAAAUUCCUCUCCAAGUUGCUUUUUGUUCACGGACACUUUUACUAUAUUAGAAUAGCAACCCUUGUACAGUACUUUUUUUAUAAGAAUGUGUGCUUUAUUACACCACAAUUUUUAUAUCAGUUCUUCUGUUUGUUUUCACAACAAACACUCUAUGACAGUGUAUACCUGACCUUGUACAAUAUUUGUUUCACUUCCUUGCCUGUCCUCAUCUACAGUCUUUUUGAACAGCAUGUGCAUCCGCAUGUAUUACAGAGUAAACCUGUGCUCUAUCGAGACAUCAGUAAAAAUGCUCAUCUAGGGUAUAAACCAUUUCUUUACUGGACGAUCUUGGGCUUCUUUCAUGCAUUUAUUUUCUUUUAUGGCUCAUAUCUUCUAAUGGGAGAAGACACUUCACUGCUGGGAAAUGGCCAGCUAUUGAAACCUAACAGGCAAAUGAUGUUUGGAAACUGGACAUUUGGUACUUUGGUCUUCACCGUUAUGGUUAUAACUGUGACGAUGAAGAUGGCACUAGAAACUCACUUCUGGACAUGGAUAAACCAUUUUGUUACUUGGGGAUCCAUUGUAUUUUAUUUCAUAUUCUCCUUAUUUUAUGGGGGAAUUAUCUGGCCAUUUUUACAUACCCAGGAUAUGUACUUUGUAUUUGUUCAACUGUUGUCAAGUGGUUCUGCUUGGUUUGCCAUAAUCCUCAUAGUAGUUGCUUGUUUGUUUCUUGAUGUUGUGAAGAAAGUUCUGUACCGACAUCUACAACCAACGAGUACUGAAAAAGCUCAGAUGUACUCCAACAGAGUUGCUUUAAGUGACGAGUUCAUCGCACUGCAGCCAUUGUCCAGGGCAAGGAAUCAGCUGAGCAAAAUUAGCUUACUGAGACAAGUUCAGGUAUCAACUGCUUGGACUCCAUGUGCUGCUUCUCAGAUGGGGAAACAGCAUGCACAUCUGUUAGAAGAAUGCUGGAACGACUAAUGGGAAGAUGUAGUCCAACCCGGGUCAACAGGUGUGGAAUUUCUCUCAAUAGCCUUUGCUGCAGACGAUUCUCCUAUAAACUGGAACCUGAUGAGCCUGCAGCUAUAGAUGUCUAGCAAACCAGCUGCAGGUUUUGUUUAUUUAAGUAGGAAAUGCAACACUUUAUUGUACUUUAUUCAUCCUCAAAGAUAAGUUUCUUGCUUCUUUUUGAGUGCUUUCUUUUGGGGUGGGGAGGGGGAAAAACGGUUUUCAAAAAAUUUCUGUUAAAAUGUUUAGUUUGGCUUAGUACAAGUUCUUGCAUUGUAUCUAUCAUAAUUUCUCUUGAUUUUUUUUUUUUGUACAUUCUUCUCUUUAGAUAAUCGAGCCUCGCUGCUGCUUUUAUUCUCCUGUUUUAUGAUUUUUUGCCUUCACGAAUCAGGAGUUGUUUGUAAAGUCGAAAGACUUUUCCCCUUGGUUCUUGAUGUACAACCUCCAAAUAUUUACCUUGGAGCUUGAAUUACUCCUGAAGAUAUAGAAAAGGCUCACACCCCCUCCUUGAAUAUAACGUUAUUGUUAUAAGGAAAGUCUUUAAUCUUGCAGCCAUUGAUUGAUAUGGAGAUUAAAUAUUUUUGUAGAAUAACUUUUAUAAUCUAUUUCUAAAAUCAGUGUAAUUGACAGAACAGAGCCAUCAGGUUCUAAGAAUUUUAAACAUUUUUUCAGUUCUAGAAGGUUUAUUGUCAAAAUCAUGUGUGCCAUUCCAAAGUAUGUGCUAAAUAAAUCUUUUCCUUCACAAACCACAUGUAAAACAAACCUCAGUGGGAUAAAAGCACGUUAUAAUAAUCAAAUACUUCUGGGGAACGAUACCGUUCUUGCAGUGAGCAAAACUGUGGGGGGAAAAAGCUCUUACUAAAUCUGCUCAUGUGCCAUCUCCUCCCCAUUUCCAAAUAGAGAGGGCUGACUAACAAGCAUGGAAAUAUUUGGGGGUAGAAAUAAAAAUGUUUUUUUGUACAUCGUAAUCUCAAUCCCUGAAUGAUAUCAUGGUCCUUCAUUGGUCAAAAGGCAAACAUGAAAAAGUUGCACUUCACGCGUUUUCAAGGAAACUCAUUUUGUAUUUGACACUUUGUCUCUUUUCGUUAAAGGUCAUGAUAUCAUUCGUUCAGUAUGAAAUCUUGUGUGGGUAAUACUCACUGACAAGCUUUGUCAGUUCUGAUUUUGCCUUUAGGUAUUGACGUGGUAUGUAGUACAUCCCUGUUUUGAACUCCUGUGUUGAACACCGUGUCUGUGGUUUCCGUUGGUUUCUCUCAUUUGGCUUGCUUAUGAAAUUUACUCAGCAUUUCUACAAAUCUAGGGUAUGAUUAUGCAAAAUGUUUCAUUCCAUAUGAAAAAAUGAACUGUUAUGAUGAAUUAAGUACAUUUUUAAUUAAACUCUUGCUGUAUAGAAGGCGGGCAUGAUGUGUAAAAUAAACAAUUUAAUAGAAUUCUUAAUCUACCAGAUGAGCAUUUAAUUGGUCUAAAAAUCAACAUUUUGGUGGCAUUUGCGCUAAGGUCUUGUGGCUUUUUUUUUUUUUCUGUGUUUUUUUCACCACUUCUCUGUAAAACUGUGCUUUCCAAAUGAAACACUUCUCAUGCUAUUUUUUUCAUUUAUUGUUAUCUAAUUAGAGCAGAUUUUUUGGCUAACAUUUCCUUUAGUAAUGUGUAGCUUUACAAGGUAGGUAUUCUAUGUUUCUGCAAUGAAUUUACACUUUUACGAUUUCCUUUUUUCACGCAGUCUGAUUUUCUUUAACUUAAAAGUAUUUAUUGAAGAUGAAUCAUAUUUGACAGAAUAUUAAGCAUUUUUUGAAGACUGUUUUUUCUCAGGUUUCGUGUCUGUUUACCUCGUGAUUUUCAAAUGAAGUUACACCUAGCUAAAUAACUUAGAUGUUCUAACAAUUCUGAAGUUAGUAUUAUGUUUAAUGAUUAUGCAAAAUUGUAGUGGUGCUGCAGUAGGGCUUGAAGCUCCGUAGCUUUUGCUUUUGCCUCUGGUUGAAAUUACUUUGAACCACUUUCUCUUUUCACUUAAUUUUCUGUACAGUAGAACCACAAAGAAAACUUUUUAUUUCAGCCUUUUCUCCAGUGACUUCAGUUGCCUCCACUUAAAACCUAGUCUAAAAGUCAAGACUGUUUACAUUCUUCCCUUACACUUGCCUUAUAAUAUGUGAAAGUCUGUUUAUUUCUUAGUGUAGUAAUUGCUUUGAUCACAUAUGGCAGGUGUAAGUUGAGAAAUCCCGAAGGUACAGUUAGAAAAGCUAUGUGGUAAUUUAAAAAUGUUUGUAAAUCUUCUUGAGCUGCUUUCAUUGCACUUAAAAGCUGAUGUCUUAGAUCACACAGUCACAAGCAGGACAGUCUCUUGCAUACUUACGCUGUAGCAGCUUCAUAUUCAACCAGGAGACAGCAGCAAAUUGUGAGCAUGCUGUGGAAUGAUGAGCAGUAUUUUAAAUAAUAUUGAUGUAGAUAGGUUGUGUUGUAUUUUGUGUUCCCGAUACUCUGUCAAAUAUGAUAUUCUGUCAAAUAUGAUAACUGAACAUGAAAUCAAAUAUGGUAUCAAAUUGUGAUAGAAAUGUUGAAUCAAAGUUGUGCAAAUGCUUGGAGUAGAGGGCUACAGGAAUUCAGUACUUACUGCUUGCAAAACGUAUUCAAGAAGUAUUUUCUAUAGUUUCAUUCACCAGUUAGAAUAUAAUAUGUGUGGUGUAGUAUGAUGAAAUGCAUUUUUGUCUGUUUGUUCCAUUAAAUUGUCUGUCAGUUUGUCAGUCACUGCAAUACGAAGAAUGCUGGAUCACAUACAUUCUUGUACAGUAGGCUCAUUACUGUGUUGUUGGCUCUGCCAUUAGUACUCGUGUCAAGGCACUGCAUGUAACAGUUCUAAAGAAACAGCAGAUUUCUGACAGAGGCAAAUUUGGAGGAUAAGUUUGUUAUACUUGGAUUUCCUGCAUUCCAACCCUUUAUUUUUUAGCUUUUCACAUACAGUCCUAUUCAACCAAGAACAGUGGCCCCUCUAAAGUGUUUCUUCUCAAAAACCUGUCCUUCAGAGAGAGACGUUGCAAGAUCACUUCUGAAUCAAGAGUCAUGACGUGUUAGAUAGUUUUCCUGAUGUCUUAAAUUUUAACUUAAAUAUAACAGUAAGGGUUGAAAUAAACUCAUGGCUGCAGAUAAGGUUUUGCUCAACUUGAGACAGCACGGGCGUUUCAUGUUAGAACAGCAGUCUACUGGUAUGCUGUGGUUAGCUGUGCUUACCACAGCGCUUUGCUAGAAUGACCUUAGGCAAUCAAACCGUAGCCUUCACAGUGCCUGAACUUAGUGUGCAACAUUUGUGAGGCCCAGUACUAAAACCAGUUGGAAAGCUGGCCUGUAAACUUCUGGUCACUUCAGUUUAAAGCAGUGAAAAUACCUGUAGCUCAGAGUAACUUUACCUUUCUGGCAAGCAUGGGAUUUUUAACUACAUAGUUGGCUCUAUUAACUAUAGCGUACUUACAAAAGUUUAAAUGAAUUGCAGUUUUUUACAUAAAACUAAUAGAUUAGUCUGUAAAGAGCUACAUUUGUCUAAUCUCCUAACAUUUUUAUCUUUGCUUUCAUAGACUUUGCUCCUUGCCUCUAGAUUAUAAAUUCCCAGUCAGCCAAACUUUUCUUUUAUUGUUACUUUAGAUCAUGGAGUUCAUCGGAUCCCUUCUAUGCCAACGACAGAAGCAUCUUGACUCUCUCCACAAUGGACUCACCCACUUGUUAACAGGGACAUUUGUAAAUGCCUUGUGGAAGCCAUGUGGUGCUCACAUACCUAUAGUAGGUUUUGAAGUGAGUUCAAUGCUGCAUCCCUGCCAGACAGGACUUAUAGCAUGACUUAAAGACAAACUGUGGCUUGUCUUGUGGCCUAGCAUAACAGUCAUCUGGACUGUAAUUGCUUCCAAUAGUUUUUCUAAUCAUAUCCACAAGUUGCUAAGUAAUUUUUGUAAGGAAUACGUUUACCUCUGACAUUUAAUCUUUUUUUGUUACCAUGUUAGCAGAUUGGAAUCUUGUAUUUGAUACUUGAGACAUUGAUGUAACACGGUGUCAAAAUCUUUCUUCUCCCAAAUCCAUAUGAUUCAAUAGAACUGAAUUGGCAAAAUGAAACUUUAUAAAGUCUCAUUUUUCAUGAUGACCCUUCACUUUACAUACACACACUCACGCACUCAUUUUGAACCUGUUUCUUACAGAUGCUGUCUUAACGGUUUGCAAAUCAAUCUUAUUUCCAUGGGUGCUUACUGUAGUGUAUAAGCACUCAAUACUUUUGAGAGUGAAAUACAAUUCGAAUAUUUAUGCUGGUGGAUGAAUGGCAACAUAUUAGUCAUCACUGAAAAGCAGCUAGCUUACAGAUCAGUAAUUUGGAAUCGUAAGGGAUGUAACAGUACAAUUCAGAAGCCAGUCAUCUUUUCUAAUGCUCUGUGUUUUGUUACAACAAUUCACGAACUUGACAUGGAAAAUUGGGAAAGAAAUUGUGGAUUGUGCAGUUGUCUCACUAGCAUAAAUUUUUUGAAUGAGUAAUCCUUUUAACGCUGGGGAAUCUUUGCAUGUUUUCUUUUUCAUGUAUUUAUAUUUGGUCAUGUUGUACUUCAAAGAUGCAAUUAAUGCUUAAUUAUCUUCAUAUAUCUAAAGGAUCUGAGACAUUGGUGGCAAUGUUUUGAUACCUAAGUAUGCCAAUAAAAACAGAUUGCACAGAUGCAACUUUGAAUGGCA